AUCCAUCCAAUAAUAUAUGGUAGCUAGAGUAGACUAACUGAAGUCAGGAUUCCCCUAGUGAUAUAGUGACUUUCCCGAACAAUUUACUCCGGCCACCCUUAAAUUCUGCAUAAGAGUGAACUCUGGAGAAAGAGAGAGUAACAAGAUUUUCUAGAGAGAGAGAGAGAAACAAAGCUUCAAGAAAUCCAGAGAGAAAGAAGAAGAAGAUGACGACGGAAAAGCAAGAAAGAAAGGAUCAGAAAGAUCCACUAAUAACUAAUCUUUUAUCUAGUUUCAACAACAAUGGUGGUCCUGUAAAUUUUACAAUUUCAUGUUCAGAAUGUGGUAUUAUGAAGAGGAAGAGACACUCAUCAUCACUUUCUUCUUCGUUUUCAGAAAGCCCUAACAAUCAUUCAUCACCAGCAAAUCUUUUUUCUCCUCCGAAAAAGAUUCAACUAAACAGUACUAAUUUCAUCUCAGCUUCAUUUUCAAACCCUAAUUACCCAUCUUCAUUACAAACAAUGGCCUCUUCCUCUGUUUCACCAUCACCAACACUGCCGCUGUUAUCCCCUUCUUCUGCUUCACCACCAUCGCCAUCACUACCACUAUUAUCCCCUUCCUGUGUUUCACCAACACCACCAAGAAAUCUUGAUUCUUUUUCAGCCCCCAAGAAAUCUUGGCAAGAAAUCGUUUCUUCUGCAUUUCCAGCACCAUCAGGUAAUCCUGACUGCGUUCUUUCCCUUUCUUGUGGCCAAUGUGGUGGUGGAUCUCAAAAACAAGAUUCACCAUUACAAUCAAUCUUUUCACCAUUAUCUGCUUCCUCUGUUCCACCGUCAUUAGGGUGGCGCCCAUCUCCGUCUCCAUCACCACCGCUAUUAUCUCCUUCCUUUGUUUUGCCAUCUCCACCACUUUUAUCUCCUUCUCCUGUUUCACCGUCACCAAGAAAGCCCAAUUCUUUAUAUAGGCAUGGAUUAAUCUCGUCUGCUUUAUCAACACCAUUAACUAGUCCGACCAUGGAGGCGACAGCCGCAAAUAGUUCUAGCCGUGUUCUUUGUGGUCAAUGUAGUGGUGGGUCUAAAAGACAAGAUUCCCCAUUGUUAUUAUCACCAUCAUCACCACUCGCAUCAGAAACUGCACAAAGCAACGGAGGUGGUGCUACUCCUCCUAGCGCUGCUGCUAAGAAGAGGUGGAUGAGAGUGAGAGAUGACUUGAAAGAGAUGCAGCGUCAGUGGACGAUGAACAAUAUCAGUCAACAACUCAAAGAACAAAACAAUGAAGCUCCUGUUAUCGCCGUAACUGAGAAACCACAUAAUGAUAUCAACAAUCAGGAAGCUUUCCAGACUGUGUCGUCUGCUCAAAAUGUAGAAGCAGUGCAGAAGGCUGUGCAAGAUGAAAAUGUGAGCAUUGACAGAGAUGGAGAUACCAUCAGAGUAUGUUACAUAUGCGGAUGUGGGAGACAAAAACAAAUCUUCUUUGCCAUUACGAAUUGACCAACAAGCACACAUCUAAAUGGUUCUGUAGCUUUGUAAAGAUUGCUUGUGCCUGGUGGCCUGGUGCUAAUUGUUUCAGUUCAAAAUUUAUUUCAAAACAAUAGUAGUUUCGCUUAAAUUGUUUGAAUGCACUGUUCCAUCUGAUUCCUGUUAAAGACCUCCUAAUAUGAUCUGCCAGAUGUUACUGUUUCUUUUCUAAAUAGAUUGCCGUUGAUCA